GACUGUCAAUUCUGAGUUGAAAUCAUAGUAUAGCAGAAUGUACAUCAAACUAGUCUUCGCAGCUCUACUUGUAUGUGUACUGUACAACAGUGCCUACAGUAGAUCGAUUAAUUAUGAUGGUUCCAAAAAUGAUGACAAAUCACUUGAUACAAGUGCAAAGCAUGGAAGACGAAGCUUAAGCUUAACUUUGAACGAUCGCCGAAGACAUACAGACGAUGAUGAUGAUGAUGAUGACGAUGAUGAUGAUUUCCCUCCACCAAAAGUAAGUGGACGUAGAGACGAUGAUGACGACGACGACGAUGAUGAUGAUUUCCCACCACCAAAAGUAAGUGGACGUAGAGACGAUGAUGACGACGACGAUGAUGAUGAUGAUUUCCCUCCACCAAAAGUAAAUGGCCGCGGAGACGAUGAUGAUGACGACGAUGACGAUGAUGAUUUCCCUCCACCAAAAGUAAGUGGCCGCGGAGACGAUGAUGAAGACGACGAUGACGAUGAUGAUUUCCCACCACCAAAAGUAAGUGGCCGCGGAGACGAUGAUGAUGACGACGACGAUGAUGAUGAUUUCCCUCCACCAAAAGUAAGUGGACGUAGAGACGAUGAUGAUGACGACGAUGAUGAUGAUGAUUUCCCACCACCAAAAGUAAGUGGACGUAGAGACGAUGAUGACGACGACGACGAUGAUGAUGAUUUCCCACCACCAAAAGUAAGUGGACGUAGAGACGAUGAUGACGACGACGACGAUGAUGAUGAUUUCCCACCACCAAAAGUAAGUGGACGUAGAGACGAUGAUGAUGACGACGAUGAUGAUGAUGAUUUCCCACCACCAAAAGUAAGUGGCCGCGGAGACGAUGAUGAUGACGACGACGACGAUGAUGAUGAUUUCCCACCACCAAAAGUAAGUGGACGUAGAGACGAUGAUGAUGACGACGAUGACGAUGAUGAUUUUCCACCACCAAAAGUAAGUGGACGUAGAGACGAUGAUGACGACGACGACGAUGAUGAUGAUUUCCCUCCACCAAAAGUAAGUGGACGUAGAGACGAUGAUGAUGACGACGAUGAUGAUGAUGAUUUCCCACCACCAAAAGUAAGUGGACGUAGAGACGAUGAUGACGACGACGACGAUGAUGAUGAUUUCCCUCCACCAAAAGUAAGUGGACGUAGAGACGAUGAUGAUGACGACGAUGAUGAUGAUGAUUUCCCACCACCAAAAGUAAGUGGACGUAGAGACGAUGAUGACGACGACGACGAUGAUGAUGAUUUCCCACCACCAAAAGUAAGUGGACGUAGAGACGAUGAUGACGACGACGACGAUGAUGAUGAUUUCCCACCACCAAAAGUAAGUGGACGUAGAGACGAUGAUGAUGACGACGAUGAUGAUGAUGAUUUCCCACCACCAAAAGUAAGUGGCCGCGGAGACGAUGAUGAUGACGACGACGACGAUGAUGAUGAUUUCCCACCACCAAAAGUAAGUGGACGUAGAGACGAUGAUGAUGACGACGAUGAUGAUGAUGAUUUCCCACCACCAAAAGUAAGUGGCCGCGGAGACGAUGAUGAUGACGACGACGAUGAUGAUGAUGAUUUCCCUCCACCAAAAGUAAGUGGACGUAGAGACGAUGAUGAUGACGACGAUGACGAUGAUGAUUUUCCACCACCAAAAGUAAGUGGACGUAGAGACGAUGAUGACGACGACGACGAUGAUGAUGAUUUCCCUCCACCAAAAGUAAGUGGACGUAGAGACGAUGAUGAUGAUGACGAUGAUGAUGAUGAUUUCCCACCACCAAAAGUAAGUGGACGUAGAGACGAUGAUGAUGACGACGAUGACGAUGAUGAUGAUUUCCCUCCACCAAAAGUAAGUGGACGUAGAGACGAUGAUGAUGACGACGAUGAUGAUGAUGAUUUCCCACCACCAAAAGUAAGUGGACGUAGAGACGAUGAUGACGACGACGACGAUGAUGAUGAUUUCCCACCACCAAAAGUAAGUGGACGUAGAGACGAUGAUGACGACGACGACGAUGAUGAUGAUUUCCCACCACCAAAAGUAAGUGGACGUAGAGACGAUGAUGAUGACGAUGAUGAUGAUGAUUUCCCACCACCAAAAGUAAGUGGCCGCGGAGACGAUGAUGAUGACGACGAUGAUGAUGAUGAUUUCCCACCCCCAAAAGUAAGUGGACGUAGAGACGAUGAUGAUGACGACGAUGAUGAAGAUGAUUUCCCACCACCAAAAGUAAGUGGACGUAGAGACGAUGAUGACGACGACGACGAUGAUGAUGAUUUCCCACCACCAAAAGUAAGUGGCCGCAGAGACGAUGAUGAUGACGACGACGAUGAUGAUGAUUUCCCUCCACCAAAAGUAAGUGGCCGCGGAGACGAUGAUGAUGACGACGAUGAUGAUGAUGAUUUCCCUCCACCAAAAGUAAGUGGACGUAGAGACGAUGAUGAUGACGACGAUGACGAUGAUGAUGAUUUCCCUCCACCAAAAGUAAGUGGACGUAGAGACGAUGAUGACGACGACGAUGAUGAUGAUGAUUUCCCACCACCAAAAGUAAGUGGACGUAGAGACGAUGAUGACGACGACGAUGAUGAUGAUGAUUUCCCACCACCAAAAGUAAGUGGCCGCAGAGACGAUGAUGAUGACGACGAUGAUGAUGAUGAUUUCCCACCACCAAAAGUAAGUGGACGUAGAGACGAUGAUGACGACGACGACGAUGAUGAUGAUUUCCCACCACCAAAAGUAAGUGGCCGCAGAGACGAUGAUGAUGACGACGAUGAUGAUGAUGAUUUCCCUCCACCUAGAAAAACUGAUGACAGAUACUAAAAUGUUAUUGUAAUCAAUAGUAGAACGUAAUAUAUUAGUAAUUUUUUA